UUCAUUCACCUUAUAUUACACCACAUCUUUUCUCUCCAUUUCUUUGUCUCUUGUAUCAGCCAGCCUUUAACUUGAAGGGCUUUUUUGAAACAAAAACAGUUGAAUUUUUUUGCAAGAUUUUCUGCAAGAACUGAAAAUGGAUAAAAAUGUUGUGUUUUCUAGAUUAAGAAGGCUUGAGAAGAAUGAACGGUUGGAUAAUGAUUUAUCAUCAUCUUCUGAUUCUGAUGAAGUUCAUGUUUUAGCUGUUGAUGACAGUUUUGUUGAUAGAAAAGUCAUUGAGAGAUUGCUCAAAAUCACUUCUUGUAAAGUUACAGUAGUGGAUAGUGGGAUGAGGGCUUUGCAGUUCUUAGGACUGGAUGAAGAAGAAAGUUCUGAUGGUUAUGAUGGUUUAAAGGUUGAUCUGAUAAUCACAGAUUAUUGUAUGCCUGGAAUGACUGGCUAUGAAUUGCUGAAGAAAAUCAAGGGUUCAUCUGCAUUUAGAGAAAUUCCAGUUGUGAUUAUGUCAUCUGAAAAUGUUUUAACUCGGAUUGACAGAUGUUUGGAAGAAGGCGCGGAAGAUUUUAUAGUAAAACCCGUUAAGUUAUCAGAUGUAAAACGUUUGAAGAACUACAUGUUUGGCGAGGGCCGAACGAAGAGUCAAGAUAAAGGGUUUAACAAAAGAAAAUUACAAGAGACUUCGCCAAGCACUUCACCUUCACUGUCUCCCACAUCUUCAAUUUCACCGGAACAAUCUUCCGAUUUGUCAUCAACUUCUUCACCAUCAACACCUAGUUCACCCGCAUUUCAAGAUUCUCCCACCAGGCGGUUCAAAUCGAGCAAUCAAGAUUAACACAAGUGGAAAGGGCCCUUAUAAAAAUAUAUGUACCUUGUUACUACUAGACAAGCCAAUUGCCCAACAAUGCAAAAUUUUCUCUUGGCUUGCCAUAUUUUUGCUUAUUAACUUUGUUUCAACUACAACCCGUAUCUCACAAUGUUAAUACAAGUAAAAUUCAUUAAUCUUAUUCAAGAAUA